AUGGAUUCUACAGAGUCUGUGGGUCCUUGUUGGUCAUUGGCAGACACCAUGCAAAGUCUUUUGGACAAACGUGUUAGAAAUGGACUGCUAAGGUCAAUCGCUUUGCCAACACAACUAAUACUGGAUCAGCAUCGCACUAUGGUCGAUUUUUCUUCCAAUGACUAUAUGGGACUCUCUCAUAAUACUAAUCUCUCGUAUCAAAUUAACCAGAUACUAAUCAACAACAACAAUCUAAUUCAGUCACAGUCUACUUCAGUCUCGCAACAGUUGCCACAGGUUGCACGAAUUGGAUCGACUGGUUCCAGAUUGCUGGCUGGAAAUUCUGUAGAUGCCGUAUCACUGGAAAAUAUGUUGGUGUCACAUUAUACAUCCAAAAGCACCAAUGACGUUGCAAGCAGCAACUUCAAAUCACCUUACAAGGCACUGCUGUUCAAUUCCGGAUAUGAUGCAAAUCUAUCGCUUUUUUCGGCAAUUCCUCAAUCAAAUGUACUUGUUUUGUACGAUGAACUUAUCCAUGCCUCAGUUCAUGAUGGUCUAAGACUACGUCGAUUUGGCAAAAUCAAAUCAUUCAAACACAACGAUAUUAUAAAUGUGAAAAAUAUACUGGAUGCAUUUUUUACCGAGGAAGCAUCGGACACGGACAUGUCCAAUAGAUGCGCGGUUAUUGCUGUCGAAGCCGUGUAUUCUAUGGACGGUGAUGUAGCACCACUACUAGAACUAGCCAAAAUUUCAAAAAUGUAUAAAGGAAAAGUUAAUUUAAUUAUUGAUGAGGCACACUCGACAGGUGUGAUUGGAGAAAGAGGAGCUGGACUAGUGCAUGAUCUUGAUAUAGAGGAUGCUGUUUUUGCAAGAUUACAUACGUUUGGAAAGGGAAUGGGCUCGCAUGGCGCUGUCGUGAUUGGAUCUUCUACACUGAUUGAAUUUUUAGUCAACUUUGGUCGGCCUUUGAUAUACUCUACAAUGAUGUCUUUUCAUAGUCUUGUAGAAAUCCGCACAUCUCAUAAAUUUGUUGCUACUCAUUGGAAAUCAUUGCAGGAUACUUUGAAAGCAAAAAUAGUAUUGUUUCGAAAUUUGAUGCAUUCAAUGCCACCAGGUGCUCAACUCUUGGGAUCCAUGACGGCAAUUCAAGGCAUUGUACUUCCAGGCAAUGAGAAUGUCAAUACUUUGGCUCAUAUUCUUUUAUCCUGUGGACAGAGUGUACGACCUAUUCGAUUUCCAACAGUACCUAAAGGUUCAGAACGAGUGCGCAUUUGCAUUCAUGUCCAUAACACGGACAAGGAGAUUAAAGCGCUGUCCCAGGAUUGCCUGGCAGCUUUAAAGUUGGUUUUGUCAAAACCUGCUAAACUGUAA